AUGCACCAGGGGGGCGGGCUGGGUCGGGCCAAGCGAUUGGAACCGGGCCUCUUCGGCGAGAGGCCAGCGAAGGCUGCCUUCCUGCGCCAGAGGCCGGGUGAGGGCGGCAAGGGGAAAUCGGUGCCGAACUGUUGCCAUGUGUGUGUCCGCAAGGGGACGUGGCCCCGCGAAACUGCGCCCCCGGGCCUGGCCCGGCCGGACACCUACACCCCUCCGGGGGUCCGGCAGAGGGCAGUGACUGGCACCCUCUGUGCGUCCUGGUUUCCCCCCAAAAAACAGAAAGCCCAAAGGAUGGCUGCUGAUAUGCAGAGGAAGAAAAGUAGUGAAUGCCCUGAUGGCACAUUGGCUCCUUCUGAUGGACAGAGUGUGGAGAGAGCAGAGAGUCCCACACCUGGACUGGCCCAGGGAAUGGAACCAGGUGCCGGGCAGGAGGGUGCCAUGUUUGUCCAUGCCCGUUCCUAUGAGGACCUGACUGAGUCAGAGGAUGGGGCAGCUUCUGGGGACAGUCCCAAGGAGGGUGCUGGGGGUCCUCCAUCACUGCCUACAGAUAUGCGCCAGAUCAGCCAGGACUUUAGUGAGCUAAGCACCCAGCUGACAGGUGUGGCUCGAGACCUACAAGAGGAGAUGCUGCCAGGAAGCUCUGAGGACUGGCUGGAACCCCCAGGGGCAACUGGGAGACCAGACACGGAGCCCUCGAGGGAGGGCACAACAGAGGGGGAUGAAGAAGACGCUACGGAGGCAUGGCGCCUGCACCAGAAACAUGUCUUUGUCCUGAGUGAGGCAGGGAAACCCGUGUACUCUCGCUAUGGCUCUGAGGAGGCGCUUUCCAGCACAAUGGGUGUCAUGGUGGCACUAGUAUCCUUUCUGGAGGCAGACAAGAAUGCCAUCCGCUCCAUCCAUGCAGAUGGCUACAAGGUGGUAUUUGUGCGCCGGAGCCCACUGGUGCUGGUGGCAGUGGCACGAACGCGGCAGUCGGCACAGGAGCUGGCACAAGAAUUGCUCUACAUCUAUUACCAAAUUCUGAGCCUUCUUACUGGGGCACAGUUGAGCCACAUCUUCCAGCAGAAGCAGAACUACGACCUGCGGCGCCUGCUUUCAGGCUCCGAGCGCAUCACCGACAAUCUGCUACAGCUAAUGGCUAGAGACCCCAGCUUCCUAAUGGGGGCGGCGCGGUGCCUGCCCCUGGCCGCCACCGUUCGAGAUGCGGUGAGUGCCAGCCUGCAACAGGCACGUGCUCGCAGCCUUGUCUUCUCCAUCCUAGUGGCCCGCAACCAGCUGGUGGCGCUCGUGCGCCGCAAGGACCAAUUCCUGCACCCCAUCGACCUGCACCUGCUCUUCAAUCUCAUAAGUUCCUCCUCGUCCUUCCGUGAGGGUGAGGCCUGGACGCCGGUAUGCCUGCCCAAAUUCAAUGCAGCUGGCUUCUUCCACGCACACAUCUCUUACCUAGAGCCUGACACUGACCUCUGUCUGCUUCUUGUCUCCACCGAUCGCGAGGACUUUUUCGCUGUCUCUGACUGCCGCCGCCGCUUCCAGGAGCGCCUUCGCAAACGCGGAGCUCACCUCGCGCUGCGGGAGGCACUGCGCACACCCUACUACAGCGUUGCCCAAGUGGGCAUCCCUGAUUUGCGUCACUUCCUCUAUAAAUCAAAGAGCUCAGGACUCUUCACCAGUCCUGAGAUUGAGGCCCCAUACACCAGUGAAGAGGAACAGGAGCGGUUGCUGGGCCUCUACCAAUACCUGCAUAGUCGUGCCCACAAUGCCUCCCGCCCACUCAAGACCAUCUACUACACAGGCCCCAACGAGAACCUCCUAGCCUGGGUGACAGGCGCCUUUGAGCUCUACAUGUGCUACAGCCCUCUGGGGACUAAGGCAUCAGCUGUCAGUGCCAUCCAUAAGUUGAUGCGCUGGAUCCGUAAAGAGGAAGACCGCCUCUUCAUCCUCACACCCCUCACCUACUGAUGGGAAUGUGUGCAGACUCAGCCCUUCCAGUCCCACUGGGUGUGGAAAGCCAUGGGUUGGUGUGUGCAUUAAAGUACUUUGGGGAAGACA